AUGUUUUUAAGUGACUCAUGGGACGGUGUAUCAGGUUCCAACAGGCUUGUUGGUUUUCAGUGCAGCACAAACAACACAGAAUAAAUGAAUCCCCCGACAGGUUUUGCACGUACGCAGGGAGGUGUCUGUGGUAUUUCCGUGCAACCAUCUGGUGCUGGUUGCACAAAAAUUUGACGCUGUCACUGUGACAUCGGCACUGCAGUUAGAGGGCGCAGAUGGAGCAGAUACCUGCCGCCUUCAGAUGGAUGCUGAGGGAGUCACCGGUGUGAAGGAGAGAACGGUCUGCCAUCGUGGACGACUUUCGCUGGUAAGAAUGGCUUUUAAAUCUUGAUUCUCUGUGGCGUUGAUAUCGUAAUCAAGAAAAAGAUGAACGUUUGUCACAUGUCAGCAUUCUCCAACUCUCUGUCUCUGUCUCUCCCUUUCACUUUCAUUUUUUUCUGUCACUACAUCUCUUUUUUUCUCAUCCUCCCUCACAUUGUCGGGCUUAAACAGAUUGUCGAGGGUUAAACAGACUCCAGAAUCAGUGACUGACUGUACAGUAGAAGUUUGCACAUACGGGUCGCUGAGAGUUCAUCAGUGGAUCAUUGAAUUAAGGGACAUGAUUGGGGGGGGGGGGGAUGAAUAAUAAUAAUAAUCGGUUACUUUGCAUAAAAUACAUACUAGGUUUUCAUUAGCUGGGUUGACGCUGCAUGAGGAGGUUUCUUUACUGUCUGAGGAAAAUGUCAGGAAAAUCCUUGAAGAGUUGAUGUUCACCGGGGAAACCUGCUUCUGAAUACGUCAGCUGGUCCUGGAGAUGUUUUACUGUAACAGCUAAUGUCUAAUACAGCUGAGCAUAGCCACCACAGACCCGUUAUAGAAGGGACCGGAAGCAGGUCAUUCAUUUCAAAAGACCAUGGUCGACAGAUACUUAUGCGCACACGUCCACUUUUUUUAAAAUUUAAAUUAUUAUUGCUGUGCAAUAGUCAAUGUUUAGAUCGGUUUGGUCAAGGUUGCAUUCGUAAUACUUGAAGUGGCAGAAGCUGGAUCUUUCUACCAAUCAUCCUGAUUAGACCUAUCUGCUUGCUUGGUAACUAGUUACUGUUGAUGCACUCUUAAUUGCAGCAGAGUACAGUUGUUACAGAUGACUCAAUAUGCAGUUUUCAGGGAUUUCUGUAAUUUUCGCUUUUGUUUCGUUUUCUAAAUAAGUUGCUCUAGUCACGGCCAAGUUGAUCUUCCCAUGUCGACCCUGGCAACUGCAAAAGUGUCACCUGGAAUACAUUACAAGUACUAUUGGUUGGAAAUCACUUUUUUUUUGUUUGUUUUUUUACCAUUUUACUGUUCUGCAACAUAUUACACAAUGUAUUCAUCAAAACAAUAAUGUCAAUUGUUCCUACUGGUAUAAUAUGAUAGGCGAAGCUUGACGUCAGUGAACCACAUUGUUGCACUGCGUGUCAUGUGAUGUAGUUUUUGUGUCAAUCCCACACGAGCUGUCCUUCACUCGAGCUGUAAAUACAAAUUUGAAUCUGCAUUAAUCAGCAACAAAUGUCCUUUUUACUUCUGUUUACUGUUUAAAACUACGGUGUCCAGUGGGAAUUAGUUAAAGGUCGGGACAUCCAAAAGAAACUUUGUUGGUAUUUUCAUGGUAUUUGUCGACUUUAAGGGAAGUAAUGCCAGCCUCAUCAAUUUGGAAGUUGGUCAUGAGAAAUUCUUUAACGGGAACCAAUCCUCUUUUUCUCGAACUUGUAGCAAAAAGUCUGGAUGAAUAGCAAGCUGUCUGUCAAAAAGGAAUUUUAAUCUGCCCAUUAUGUGGCAUAUACUGGUCUCCAAACGUUACUGUCCGAUUGACGACAGCGCUGUCCCUCCGGCCAGAGUUCUCCUGAGAGACUCCAGACUUCUCCAUGACGAUCCUGAAUGACUCUUCUUUUCAAAGCCACAAUUAUGACCUCCAUUUUUCCCUCUAAUUAUUCUUUUCAGAGCCAAUUCUCUCUCUCUCACCCCACUAUCUUGCACCAAUGUGGCAUCUGUGGGCAAUUACCAUUGCGUUUUCAUACAAAGGCUAGCCAACAGAGGAAGCUGUUGUAUUGGCGCUCUCAGCGUGAGUUUGCUGGCUGCGUCGGGGGACGGCAGGAAGGAGGGAUGGGGGGGGUGGGUGGGUGGAUGGCUGCUGAGGAGGUCUAUUCAUGUCUUCAGGCGAGGCCAUACUUGAGUAGACUCUUAUUGUGGCGGUGACCUUCCUGUCACCAUGCGGCUGACACAAAGUGGCUUCAUGCGAGGGUCGGCCGAGCUGCUCUCUUUGAUUCUCCUCCUGUCUAUCAACGCUUCACUCUGUCUCUCUCUCCGCUUGUGUGGCUCUUUUGCUGUGUGGUUUAAUGAUUGCUGAUUCAAUUCUCCUCAUAUUAUCUAUCAAACAGCCAGUCAUUCUGAAGUGACAGAUUUUAAUUCACCACAGUGGGGUUAACUGACAUUACGAGACAAAGACCCAUAAAAUACAUAGUAAAACCUUAACGAAGAGAUUAUAACGACAUUUACGGCUAUAUUCAAACGAAAGGAGUGGUUGCAUGAUCUUUAACUUUUUUGUACGAUAAUCAGAAGAUGUCCAUGUACAGUUUCGUCUUAAAUCUUUAAUGAGAAAUGCUUUCCAUUUCUUCUUCUGUACUGUGUCCUUGAGAAUCUUCCAGUGGAUAAAUAGACACAUAGGCUCUGUAAAUACGUAUGACGGCUAACCCGUCUCUUAGAAAUAACAUUAAUAUACUGCAAAAAUUUGGUACAUUUCUUUGGACGAGGAAGGGCUAAGUUAUUGUGCCACAGGUAAGCUAACGGCAGGUAGUCAGGGGAGAUGGUGGUUGGUCAAAGUGAAGGACUUUGGCAGCGGAGACCAGGGUUCGUUUGAGUUCUGUGUGGGUUUUAGGUUCAGGUAACAAAAACACUUUCCCUCUCCUUGUAGCUCUGUUUUGGUCUCCACCAACUCCUGAGGGAAAUAUGUCUCGUUAGCUGCUAAACGCUCCACUAUGUUCUUCAGCUACCUUUGGCAGCUGGGUCAGUCCCAUGUUCACCAACAUCGUUUCUCUAUGACUCAUGGGACUACAAUGUUCCUUAUUCUACAGAUGUGGUCAACAUCUGGUCGAUCAACCGUUUCUGUAUUUUGGAUAAGAAUGGGUUGUUUCAGAGUGAUGCCUGUAGUCAACAAACUACAAAAAUGUUGCUAUACUGUUGACUUGACAGUUAUGUUAGACCUCAGUACAAACAAUACAAAAAGUUUUAAAAAAGGACUUGUACCUCAAUUACAUAAACCUCAUGAUUAUAAGUUUAGUUUGCCCUGUUUUCUUACAAAAGUGUUUUGGAGUUCUGGCCUUUUCUUGGAUGUUUUGGAGCUCAGUGUGUAUUUCUUGGCAGAGCAGCCAGCCAGCAGGUCGUACACAGAGUUCAGCAGCGAUGCACUCUUCAUUUAAGAGCACUGGUGUGUCUCGUGCAGCGUUCUGUAGGAUUGAUGGGUAAGUGCUACAUCCCAUUUGUACUGUAUGUGCAUGCUCUGGGAGGUCCAUUAAAUGGGCCAGAUUACACACAGACUCUAGAUUUUUUUCAGUUUGCAGCUAUAAUAUAAUCUAUAUGGCCUGGUAAGUCCCCACAGGGCAGUUUAGCCUCAGUUACUCGACUACAUAGGAUGGUCCUUAAUGCUGAGAAUAUAGAACAAAAUGCCAUAAUGAUAAUGCCAAAUAGAGUAAGAAAGCACCAAAAUGCUAAUAUUUUAAAACAGACAUUCAUUUUUAUUCGAGGCAAUACACUGCUGUAGAAGGAGAACAAAAGAGACUUGGUUUUAAAGGCUGCAUUUGUAACGAGUGUAGUUAGGACCCAGGAGCAGUACGACAACACCAGGACUGGUAUGAUUUGAGUUCUUUAUUUGUAACACACGACAGGCAGAAGAUUCUCUGGACGAAUCCCACAGGUUUCUCGUGGUCAAGGACAGAAGGGCUGAGUAAGUUACCAGGACAGAGGCGAGGCGAGGCGAGGCAGUCCGGGACAGGCAGGGUCGGCAACAGGGAAUCAGUCCAUGGUCUCUGGCGGCUUCUGUCACCAGCUUCCACUUCAUAAGAGACUCGACUAGCGGAAGGGAACCAGACGUGCUGCAGACGUGCUGCGGAGAAAAAAAGACUGCUCCAUCCUCUCAAGUCCUCUACCUGGCACAGUAGCUGAGAAACCAUUCAACUCUCUCCAGUGGCAUGAUUGGCAGUCAAAUGUGCCAUGAGUUGUUGGAACAGUUGGAGUGAUGAAUAGCAAUGCUGGCUUUUUCUUUAGGGAGUUUUGUCCCCCCCAUUAAGUCAUUCCUGUUGUAAAUGCCCUGCAGUUGCCAGUGAUUAUUUUAAAGAGCUGUUUAAAGAUGCUACAUUCGAUAUUUAGAGCAUGUCUAUUGCCUCCACACCGUUUUCCACUUGACGACGGCCGAGUCAGCGGUUCGCAGCUAACAGUGCAAACAACGACAACGGUGCCGACAGAGCCUGCAGUGAUAACCUGGGGGGGAAACCGGAGGGUUGGCGCUAAGCUUCUGCAACGACGCCGUCGGUCGGGACGAUGUUAUCACAUUACUUCUUGUCAAAGUGACAAAUAAUCAGAUAGUUUUGACUAGAUUUUUGAGUGGCUUUUAUCUCAUUGUUUUGGUUUUAAGGCCAUAACUUAAGUCAUCACCGUUGUUUUAAAAUGUGCCUCCCGCACACUCAUCUGUCUUUUCCCUCCACACAGUAUCAUGCUGUUCAUUCUCUGCUUUGCUGCAAUGGAUUUCCUUUUCUUUCGUUUUUCUCGUUGACCUGCCUUUUUUUUCUUCUUCUUCUUUUUCUCCUUGCUCCUUUCAUCUUCUCCCAACAUGACAUAAAAGUUUCCAUCCCUCUCCACCUGUUGUUGUAUUUUCCUCUUCCCUCUGCCUUGGCACACAUCAGGUCAUCUGCAGACGAGUGAGGCCUGUGGCCGCAGCUUUUACAGUCAUGUUAACGCCGUGGUAGAACAUUGGCGACCGUAACGAAAAAGGAGAUUUUGAAAUGGCACCAGGGUUGACUGUCAACAUUUUCUUUAUAUCAAGCCCUGCAAAGAUCAUACCACUUCUUUUUUCUUUCAUCUCGUCUUCCUGUGCAGGCUGCUUUGCAAGACGUGUGGGUGUGGAGUGAAGUGCCGUGGUUCGUGUCUUGAGUAUUAUCAGUUUCAAAAGCAGCUUUCCCACACAACCACACGCCAACUAUAGAGUAACGGAAACACACGACAGCCUGUGCCAGUCCUUUUAUCGUCUCUUAAUAAAUCAGUUUCACGGGAGACAUUUCUCAGAGCGACAAAGAUCUGAGACUUUUUGAUUAUGCCAAACAAAAAGUGGCGGAAGUUUAUCUCUGCUUUUGCCUCGGCUUCAAGUUGCCAAUUAAAUCUCUGCUGCUGACACAGCCGCGUAGUAGAGUGGAGAGAGAUGAUUGCGCUUAGAGGCAGACAAAGAAUGUAGGCCUGACCUCUGACCUGCUCUGAUUGUGUGUGUGCUACUGUUUAUCUCUGUACAGUUAAGCAGCUUUUUUUUAUGCUGUGCUCUUAUUCAUCAAGGCCAAAGGAGGAGGAAAACACAUCUGUCUUAAAUCAUACGAGCUUCGCAUUAAGUUCACCUUUUUAAUAGUAAAAAGCAUAUAUUGCAACUAAUUAUUAUUACUUUCAUCAUCAGUUAAUCUGACGAUUAUUUUCUCGAUCAAUCAGCCCAUCUAUAAAACACCAGAAAAACAGUGACAAUGUCUCUGAUUGUCCGACCAAUAGUCGAAAAGAUAUCCCAUAUAGCGAUAAUGUAAGAAAAGGAAAAAGCAGCACACACACUUCCACUCAUCCAUCCAUUACCUCUAACUGCUUAUCCUGUUCAGGGUCGCGGGGGGGAUGCAAUAUUUUGCAUCAUUGUAUUGCUUAAAAACACCCAUAUCGGAACAAUAUCUCACAUUGACGAGAUGAGGUCACUGACAUUGUAAGCUGGAUAGAUCAGUCAUAGGAAAUAAGUGACAUGUUGCCUAGAAAUGCUGGUACUAUAAAAACAAACAAUAUUUUGCAGGCUUAGGACGGAUGCGUUGACAAUACUGUACAACCGGUCUGACCUCCAUGAUCACAGCACUCAUGUCGAUCAUGCUGCAGCAGGCAGAGGUGAAUAAGGGGAAAUGGGAUGCAGCUUACUUUACAGGACUGUGAGGUGUUUCCUAUCUGGUUGGACACAUGCUGCAGCACGAUCGCAGAUCUAAUCUUUCUGCAUCUGGUUUCUAGUACUUUGGUAAGAAAGAGACGUUAGCAACUCGCACAAACUACUCAUCUUUCCGAAGUGCUAUACCAGUAGUGUCAGAGCAGCAUCGAAUAGCAGACGGCGUAUUUUUUGUGAGCUUGCAGGUUUUGGUAAACGCUUUCGAUGUCGCAUUUAAACGUCAACAAACAAUCACAAAUGUCAGCGUCAAUGAGAAGACUUGGAGCUCCUGCAACGCCACCAGAUUGCAUUUGAAUUUCUACUGUUUUAUGGCACAGCAGGAGAUUGCGUUACGGAACGGGGCGAGGGCGCUGGUUUUCUAGAAAAGUGGAGUUACUUACACCAUCUCCAUAGCAGAUGGUGUAAGGAUUGAAAGGCAGACGAACCAAAAAAAACCCACUUGAAUGAAAGUGAAUGAGGAAACCAAGUGUCACGAGGGAGCGUCGAGGGCACACAAAGCUUCAAAGGCCUUUUUGUGAAGGGACUUCGUUUUUAAGAAACACAAGCAGUGACAAAGAUACUCGCUUCUACAAAAUACUACAUUUAUUUUUUUAUGCAUUCCUUAUACCUUGGUUUCACCUUUGUUGGUAUGUUUAAGAGAAUGUUACGCACACAGUAGCUUCAAGCAGCUGCUUCCUGUACGUGUGGUUUUGUCGUUUGUGCGUGUAGGAUGGUGGGACACGUGUUGGCGUGCCUCAGUGAGUCAAAGGCGUAUGAUUGACUAAUGAACUCACUCUCGCUCUUAAUCUGCGGUAACGGGAUGAAAGACAUGACACCACGAGACAAUCAAAGCGGUCUUUAGACAGAUGGCUUCCACUCAUCGAGAUCCUCGGUGUGAGUCCGCCAAAACCUUUCAACUACAGAUGGAUGGCAGCGUUUGGAAUCAGGAACCAGCGUUGCAUCGUGUAUCAUCACAUGAAGGAAUUUGCUUUUCCGAUAUGAUAACAGGAAACUGUUGGUAUGUAUGAUAACAAAUUAUGAUAAUGUCGAGUCACGAAAGCCUCAGGAAGUCAAGAAGUCAAAGUGGAAUUUGGAUGAGAUAUCGGUCGGUUAAGAGAUUAGUGCUCCUCUGUUUUCUCUUGUCGAUGCCAUUUAUCAUUUAUUGCUUUUCUCACCGAGAUUUGCCACAACGGACAUACCGCUCAUGUUGUGGCAGUUGUUUUAUCAUUUAUUGUUAUUAUUGUUUAUCUGUACAGCUCACACACACACACACACACACACACACACACACACACACACAGACCACACUACAGUAUAACUCUGCAAACAGAACGGAACACGUACUGUGUUAUGACUGUAACAUCUGGCGCAGAUGAGAGCCCAGAGCAUACAUGGGUCCUAUGGGGGGGUUGGAGGGUAAAACACACGGCAUAACUCACCCUUAAUCUAUGUGACCUACUCGUGCUUAGUUACAUCACAGCACACAGGAUGAUGGAGAAAAAAAAAAUGCAGAUGUACAUUUUUUUUUAGAGGCUUCCAGCGGCAGGGUUAUGUGGGAACUGUGGAACAGAUGAAUGCAUCAUUUUCGGAAGCUUUUGAUUAAUAUCCGGAUGCCCCAAAUGAGUUUCUGUAAUAAAUUUAAACCUCAGAGGAAAAUAAAAACAAUCCCCUAACAACAUGACAUAUUUGUCCCUUCAUAUCCUUUAUUGCAAAGCAUCACAGUGCACAAUAGCAUGCUACAUGCAGGGUGCUUACCAAUGUGCAGUUCAAGACAUCAGCUUUCACCUGGAGCUGGACAUUUUUGGCCAGUUCCCAUGGCCACAACUUCCGAAAGCAGCGUCCUGCAAAAAAAAACCUGCAUGAACCCUAAAGUUAGAAUGGACCCAGUGGUGUUGUUGGGCAGGUUAUAGUGCCUGUUUGAGCAGAGCAAACGCCGGCGUGAUGAAGUUCAAACCUACCUGAGCAUUAUCCUGCUGCUCGGUCCCCAACCAAUUAACUCGGAAGUGCUCUGGUAAUUGACAGUUUUACAGCGCCUUCGUCUUGGAAGACAUAAAAAAAAAAAAAAGAAGACGACUCUUCCCCCACUGCAGCAUUCACCUCCCAAAUAAAAAUAAAUAUCAGUCUGGACCUUUAAACAGAGACUGCACAAAUGAAGCCAGAGUAGGCGAGGUUAUUGUGAUUUAUUCUGGCUCAUAUAGAGCCAAGAUCGGCUUUUCAGUAAUGAGCAGAUUUUGGUAGCCGUUGUUGCUUGAUGCUAAUAUGCAGGUGAGAAUCUGAUUUGACUAAAUAGCUUCAGACAGAGCAAUCUGUAAUAGCUGCAGGUGUCACCAGAAUUCUGUUGGUGUAUGUUGUUUAGGUGUUAAUAGUAUUCAAUUCAUUUCAAUUGAAUUACAACAAUGAGUGGAUUUGAAUGAAAAAGUUGCACUACCCUGCAAAAACUCUUUAAGAUUUGUGAAACCAUAAUUCUGGCAGUAUAUUAAAUCAGCAUUUAUAAAGAAAUGAAAGUCAGAAAAAAAAUAUAACUGACUCUAAGGUGGAGCCGGAACACGAGAAAGAGAAAGAGAAAGAAGAGAGAGAGAGAGAGAGAGAGAGAGAGAGAGAGAGAGAGAGGGAGGUUCAGAGAAUGAAAGGAGACGGAGCAGAGAUUACGUUUUGGACUGCUUCAUAUAAAGACCCAUUCAUCCAUCCGCUGAAUAUUAAAGCGUGUUUACAUGCAGUCGCAGUGAGUCUCCUUGCCACAGUGACUGGGGGCCUCGGCAUCAAAGACCAGAGUCAGGGAGCGGUGUCGGGACAAGUCUUGCUUGGGUGCCAAGGGGAUGCCUUCCUUUCAUUCGGUCUUGGCAUGUCAGGAAAUGUCUCCCCCCCCUCAAAAGUAAAAAAAGAUCCAAUUACGCCGCUGUUACUGCUACAAUCCCCUAUGGGCACGUGAGGUUGCAGCGCUGCACACAAGGCAGUUUCCUGUGAUACUUCUCAAAAGGUAACAGCCAUCGCUUGGCAUUAUUGGCGGUGUGAUUUUCGAAUCCUUGUCAAUCUCAAACUAAGUAAAAUAAAAAUAAAAAGACAUUGCUUAACGUUAAAGCCCAGCAGUUGACACCCAAUCAGGCGAUGACUUUCACUUCUUCCGCUUUGAAAAUGAAUAACUUCCUGCUGUGUUCCGAUGACACCGUCGCAGCGAUACCGCCGUCCAAUCAGGGGCCAGUAUGAGCCUCUGCGGCCUGACAGCAGGAGCGUUGUCAUGUGGUGUACAGCGCGGGGAUUACAGCCCCCUAAUCUGCCUGUCAUGAAAACCCAACUAGAGAAAAAAAAGAGAGAGAUCAUGAUGCUGGAUGUAGGAUGUUGGAAUCAAGAUGAGAACCCCACGGCAUCUUCUUCUUUAGCCGAAUGGAGAAUUGCAAAAAAAAACCUUGGCGUGUGAGGCUGAAGCGAAGGCUGUCAAGUGAGUGUUUACUGUGUAGACCGUAUGCUUGUGAGCGGGUGUGCAGGUUUGCAUGUGUAUCAUGCUGCAUUGUGUGAGCACAUCUGCGUCUCCGCUGCUGUCAGUGUGUACAUCAACACACACUGGGUAUCACCACCGCGGAAUGGGCAAAGGAUGUUCCUGAUUGUCCUGCUGAGGGUUUCUGUUUGCAGGGGUGUGUUUAUCCUCUGUGACCGUAAGAGAACGCACUGACUUCCACAUGUGACCACAGAGACCAAAACACACACCGACACGGACAGCUGAGAGGCAAACGGACUCAAAGUCCCUUUGUGUCUUUUACCGUCGGUCUACGUGUGUGUAUAAAAACUAUAUAUUAACAUGUCUCCCAAAAAUGACAAUUGAGGAGAAUAAUUUAGCAUUUUUCUAUUCAAAAGGUAUUUGUUUACUCAGGGCUCACAGUUUAAAGCUACUUUGCAAUGUUUACCAUGUUCGCCAUCUUAGCUUAGCGCGUUAGCAUGCUAAGAUUUGAUAAUUAGCUCCAAACUCAAAGCACAGCUGAUGGGAAUGUCAUGAGUUUAACACGUAUUCUAUCAUGUAUACGACAAUGAUGUUUGUGCUAGAGGAAGAGCUAAGGGAUCACCAAAGUCAUUGGGAUACAUUCAUGAAGUUAAGUAAGGUGAUCCAGUACGAAACUCUACAUCUAAAUUCCCAGAGUCAAAUCCGUCGUAGAAGAGAGAAAUACAAAAAUCCCCACCCCCGGUAACCGCAGUAGAUCAGUAUGUCAUGAACAAGCCAUGAUGUGUUUGACAGCGUCGUUGUGCUCUUUGCUGUGCGCUACUAUUAUAUUUGUCCAAACACACACAAUUCCCUGAGAGCUACAAGUUCACGCCUGUUCCGCAGGCAUUGCUGCACGGCUUCCUGGGAAAUGUAGGAGAUGUAGGCGAUACACAAGAAAAGACAACGAUAUAAUUUAGUGCAAAAUAGGCGCCGAGACUGAUUGUAUUGUACAAGUGAGAUUUUUCAAGAAAGUAGUGCAACUGUGAUUCUGUCAACCCGUUCUGUCCGUAUCGAGAAGUCGUCCAGCUGCCUCUGUGUUGAAUAUCUUUCAUCUGUUGUUGGACUCGGCUGAUGCCAGAUGUUUGAGUAUCGGCUCCAGCACCGCGUUUGACAGAGGAGAUUAUUGUUCGGCUGAUGGCUUUAUGGAAAGAGAGGGGAGAGCCUGUAAUUUUCACCCAGAGCAAUGAAUGACAGAAUGAUUCAUAGCUGAGGUCUACAGGAGCUCCUGGUUGGUGGUCGGUCAUUACGUCUCACCAGAGCCCCAUGCAGAUGUCCUAUUAUCCGGUAAUCGUUUCUCCACUCCACUACUCAAUGACUUCCCCUUGGACCGUGCACUAUAGCCAGGCUAGAGGAAUACUAAUGUUUUCUCUAGCUGAGCUGCAGCACAGACACAUUUAUUCACAGUAAAUCUAAUUUGAAAAAAGAAAACUGUGAAUGGCGGAACCACAAGACCAAGCGUGUGAGAAGAAGACACGCUAUAAAACUACCAAUCAAGGCUUUUAUUCACCUCAACGGGCCUUAACUAGAGCCAGACCAUUAUCCCUUUUGUCUGGUCCAUGAUACCUGCUUUGACUUCAAUAAACGGAAUUUAAGAUUUUCAUUAUUUGACCUGUCGCUGAAAUUGACAGCCGAUAUUAGCUUAUUGCAGGUAUAUUGUAUGAGCUAUAUGUUGGCUGGUUAUUAAGAGUAAACUGUAGUACAGACCAAAUAUGAGAUUAGAUAUAUUUAAGGUAAUUGAGAAAUACUGUCACAACUCAUUAAUAACCAAAUUGAAGGCAUUUGUAUUGAAAAUGUUUCUUUAUGAUGUGUGUUCCUGUAAAACAAAUAAUAAUGGCCACUACAUCUUUAUCAGAUUAUCUCAAAUAUGGAUAUAUUGUUAUUGGUUUCAGAAUUGAGUAUUGGUCAGGCUAUAUGGAUAAUAAUAAUAAUCCAUAUCCAUGACUGCAGCAUUUCUUCUUAAAAUAAACUGCAAUCUUUAUCGGAUUUGUAACCCCAACCAAACUCAUUGUCUAAGAUAGUGUUACCUUUGUCGAAAAACAUUGAUUUAUAAAUCUUCCCGUUACAACUGCGACAAAAUCGAUAUAGUCAUAACCUAGAGAUAUGCUGGCUUAUGCGUAAACGACCCAUUGUACCAAAAAUAACCAAGAAUUUCAAGUGGUAAAUUUGUCACCAUUUUCAUUGUCAGCUGCAUUAUGUGCUGUGUGAGAACGGAGAUGAUGGUCAAUUGGCCUUUGUUUUGGAGGGGUGGCGAAUUCCGCCCCAGCACUUUUAGCUCAAUGAGCUGUUCAGUGCAUAAUAACGUGUUGUUGUUCCUAUAGUGUGUGGCACCAGUGGCACAGUGAGCCACAGGAAGGUGCUGAGGCUCUGAGUUCGUGCUUCACCUGACCAGCUCAGCAGCUUCACAAUACACAACCCCACGGGAAAAGGAAUGAUUAUUGUUUGUGUUGGCACUUCAUAUUAAAAGUGGCCACUGAAAACUGCCUCAUCUGCACUGGUCGGCUCACCAGCUUUUACAGAGAUGGAGAGAUGUCUCGUUUAUACUUCGGCUGAAACGGUUAAGCAGGAAAACCCCUUAACUCUCCAAAUACCUUCUGUGUGUGUGUGUAAGAAGACAACCCUGCCUUUGAAAAUCCUGACGCCAUCUUGUGGCGUUGAAGCUGCACUUCAGACCUUCCAAACCAAUACUCAAAUGACCUGCACCAAAGAGGCUCUAGUUGUGCAAUCAGUCAGUGCGUGGUGCUUCUAAGACAGUAGCAAGCAGAGGAAUGCUAAAGUUGUGAGUUUAAGCGUCACCUGGAGCAGAGAAGAUUUAACCUGAGCUGUCAAUCACAUGAAUACUCGGCUACAUGCUGAUCAACUAUGUGAGAACUUGUCAUUGUUAAGGGGAGACCAAAUUAAUAUAACGCUUAUACAUGUUCAUUUUGCCCGUUUCCUACAUAGCUGCUUGAUUCUUGUUGUCAUGUCAGAGCAUCGGUUAGUUCUAAAUAAAGAAAUAUGUUUCAUAUAUUGUAAUGAGUAUCUUUCCUAUGAGAAGGCCAUCUUGUGCUGUUGAAGACUCACUGCUGCUCUUCUGAAACACCACUAGAUCGUCCAAUUUAGUCCAGCUGUGGCCUGCAUCACCUGACACCAUGCUGCCUUCAACUAUAGUCAGGCUAAGGGUCAAGGUGACGGGAUAGAGUUAGUGCACUUGACUCUUCUCACAAUGUCCUUUGACGAAGCUCCAGUGGCGCAAUCGGUCAGCGCGUGGUACUUAUAAGACAGUAUUCAGCAGAGUGAUGCCGAGGAUGUGAGUUCGAGCCUCACCUGGAGCACAGAAGUUUUAACCUGGACAUCAGUCACAGGAGAUACUCUGAACAUGAUGACACUCCACAUGACUGACUUUCCGCAUUCAGACUUUGUCAUUGUUGAGGAAAACCAAACAUAUAUCAGUGCACAUGUGAUGCUCAUUACACUCAUUGAGCACACCUGCGUUAAUGAUAAGCUUUAGGAGAAUGACAUGCUCAGGUGUAAAUAAAGAUGUAUGUUUUAUAUAUUGUAAUGAGUACCUGCUAGACAGGUACACAGGAGAAUGACAAUGCAUUAAGGAAAAAUAGUCGACACACAGCAGCUUAUUGUAGGAAUAAAUACUGCAGUCAUGGAUAUGGAUGUAAUCGAGUAGUAGCAUCCCUUUCUGUUCCGUCUGUCUCUGUUUAUUGAGGCCAUAUGUGCGAGUGUCUCAGUAUAAAAAGAGAGCCUUUGCUAUGACAAGGCCAUCUUGUGCUGUUGAAGACUCACUGCUGCUCUUCUGAAACACCACUAUAUCGUCCAAUUUAGUCCAGCUGUGGCCUGCAUCACCUGACACCAUGCUGCCUUCAACUAUAGUCAGGCUAAGGGUCAAGGUGACGGGAUAGAGUUAGUGCACUUGACUGUUCUCACAAUCUCCAUUGAUGAGGCUCCAGUGGCGCAAUCGGUCAGCGCGCGGUACUUAUAAGACAGUAUUCAGCAGAGUGAUGCCGAGGAUGUGAGUUCGAGCCUCACCUGGAGCAUGGAAGUUUUAAUCCGGACGUCAGUCACAGGAGAUACUCUGAACAUGAUGACUUUCCGUAUUCAGACUUUGUCAUUGUUGACAAAAACCAAACAUAUAUCAGUGCACAUGUGAUGCUCAUUACACUCAUUGAGCACAAUGAUAAGCUUUGGGAGAAUGACAUGCUCAGGUGUAAAUGAAGAUGUUUUUAUAUUGUAAUGUGUACCUGCUCUAGCAGGUACACAGGAGAAUGACAAUGCAUUAAAGAAAAAUAGUCGACACAUUAACAGCAGCUUAUUGUAGGAAGAAAUACUGCAGUCAUGGAUAUGGAUGUAAUCGAGUAGUAGCAUCCCUUUCUGUUCCGUCUGUCUCUGUUUAUUGAGGCCAUAUGUGCGAGUGUCUCAGUAUAAGAAGAGAGCCUUUGCUAUAACAAGGCCAUCUUGUGCUGUUGAAGACUCGCUGCUGCCCUUCUGAAACACCACUAGAUCGUCCAAUUUAGUCCAGCUGUGGCCUGCAUCACCUCAGGAGCACCUGACACCAUGCUGCCUUCAACUAUAGUCAGGCUAAGGGUCAAGGUGACGGGAUAGAGUUAGUGCAUGUUGGGCGCAGCAUGAGGUGCUACAAGCCGCACCUUGACUGUUCUCACAAUCUCCAUUGAUGAGGCUCCAGUGGCGCAAUCGGUCAGCGCGUGGUACUUAUAAGACAGUAUUCAGCAGAGUGAUGCCGAGGAUGUGAGUUCGAGCCUCACCUGGAGCACAGAAGUUUUAACCUGGACAUCAGUCACAGGAGAUACUCUGAACAUGAUGACACUCCACAUGAUUGACUUUCCGCAUUCAGACUUUGUCAUUGUUGAGGAAAACCAAACAUAUAUCAGUGCACAUGUUAUGCUCAUUACCCUCAUUGAGCACACCUGCGUUAAUGAUAAGCUUUAGGCGAAUGACAUCCUCAGGUGUAAAUGAAGAUGUAUGUUUCAUGUAUUGUAAUGAGUAUCUUUCCUAUGACAAGGCCAUCUUGUGCUGUUGAAGACUCACUGCUGCCCUUCUGAAACACCACUAGAUCGUCCAAUUUGGUCCAGCUGUGGCCUGCAUCACCUCAGGAGCACCUGACACCAUGCUGCCGAGGAUCUGGCAGGCGUAGGGGUGGGGGAGGCCUAGCGAGCAUGGCUGAGCCGGGAUGCAGGAACAGCAGCCUGCAGAGGAAAAAGCCGCCAUGGCUCAAACUGGACAUUCCCACCAUCCGGCUGACACCGGACGACACGCCCACACUCACCCAGCCGGUAAGACGGCUGCGCAGUGUCAGCAUGCCAGGCGAAAACCCUCAGACGUGCAUCGCUGCCUUGGAAACUUCCAACAACUACCUCAGACCUCCUCUGGAGAGAUUGCCUUCCUUCACACAGUCUAUGAAGAGUGGGAAAAGGGUGCGCUUUGAGCGGGUCAACACAGUUCCCCCAAAGGGCCAGAGGGAGCCCAGGAGGGAGUCAACCGCCCGAAGGCGGUCCUGCAUCCCCAAGAUACUGACCCGACGGCGUUCAUCUAUACCCAAACAGAUCAUCAGGGGUACGGCUGACUGGUUUGGCGUGAGCAAAGACAGCGACAGCACCCAGCGAUGGAGGAGGAAGAGCCUGCAGCACUGCAGCCACCUGUACGGGGGUCUGAAGCCGCAGGUGAUGAGGGAGAUGGAGCUACACAGCCAGGACAACAUCUCCCUGGCCAGCACUGAGACCCCUCCUCCCCUCUACCUCCCCCCCCACCACCACUAUGGCAUGCAGAGGAUCGUAGACCCCCUGGCUCGGGGCCGUGCCUUCCGCAUGGUGGAAGAGGUGGAUGGCUUCAGUGUCCCGCAAACUCCCAUCACGCCAGGCACCGCCUCCCUCUGCUCCUUUUCCAGCUCCCGCUCCGCCCUCAACUGGUUGCCGCGACGACGCAAACGGGAGUCUGUCGCGGUCAUGAGUCUCAAGGCCGCUGCAGCUUUGAUGAAGGGCCGGACAUUCGCUGACAGCACUGCCGGGCGAUGUCGCCGGAGGAGUUUCAUGCCCCCUAGUUUCCUUGAAGAGGACACCGUAGACUUCACUGAUGAUCUGGACACUUCCUUCUUCACCAGAGACGGUCUGCAGGAUGAGUUGUACAGCUAUGCAGACGAAGUUUUCGAGACACCGUCGGAGGCCGACCUCAAAGAGCUGGAUGAGAGCGAGCUCACAGGGAGUGCGCUGGAUAAGAACGAACUGGAGAGGAGUCACCUCAUGCUGCCCUUGGAGAGAGGAUGGCGAAAGGCAAAAGAUGGCUCUCUGGUCCAAGCUAAGGUGCGUCUGAAACAGGAAGUGGUGAGCCUCAGCAGCAAUCAGCAGCGGGGACAAAGGAUCGUGGUUCCCGUUAAGAAGCUGUUUGCCAGAGAGAAGAGGCCCUACGGGCUCGGCAUGGUCGGCCGUCUCACAAACCGGACGUACCGCAAGCGCAUUGACAGCUUUGUCAAGAGGCAGAUUGAGGACAUGGGCGAUCACAGGCCUUUUUUCACUUACUGGAUCACAUGUGUCCAUUUGCUCAUCACCAUUCUGGCUGUCACCAUCUACGGCAUUGCCCCUGUGGGCUUCUCACAACAUGAAACCGUCGACUCUGUGUUGAGAAACAAGGGAGUUUAUGAAAACGUUAAGUUUGUGCAACAACAAAACUUCUGGGUGGGUCCAAGCUCAGAGGCGCUCAUCCACCUGGGAGCCAAGUUUUCCCCGUGCAUGCGUCAAGACCCAGAAAUCCAGAAACUGAUCCAGGAGAAGAGAGCGAGAGAGAGGGAGUCGGGCUGCUGCGUGAGGAACGAUCGCUCCGGCUGCCUGCAGACGUUACAAGAGGAGUGUUCGAGCACCCUGGCAGUGUUUGUGAAGUGGCCUCAGCACCCCAGUGCUCCCUAUCUGAAUGGUACACUCCGCCAACAUGGUGCAGUCUGCCAUCAGGACCCCAGAAUUUGUCUGGAACCAGCCUCAGUUUCACCUCACGAGUGGCCGGAUGACAUCUCCAGGUGGCCGGUUUGUACGCGGUACAACUCUGGGAAUCACACCAACCUCCCCCACAUUGACUGCACCAUCACAGGCCGGCCCUGCUGCAUCGGAACCAAAGGACGAUGUGAAAUCACUUCAAGAGAGUAUUGUGACUUCAUGCACGGCUACUUCCACGAGGAGGCUACCCUCUGCUCACAGGUGGCGUGCAUGGAUGAUGUGUGUGGUUUGCUGCCUUUCCUCAACCCGGAGAUUCCAGACCAGUUCUCCCGACUCUGGCUGUCUCUCUUUCUUCAUGCUGGGAUCCUGCACUGCCUGGUGUCAGUGUUUUUCCAGAUGACGGUGUUGAGGGACAUUGAGAAGCUGGCUGGCUGGCUGAGGAUCUCCAUCAUCUACAUGCUCAGCGGCAUCACUGGCAACCUGGCCUCGGCCAUCUUCCUGCCCUACAGGGCGGAGGUGGGUCCUGCAGGCAGCCAGUUUGGCAUCCUGGCCUGUCUGUUUGUGGAGCUGUUUCAGAGCUGGCAGAUCCUCGAGCGACCGUGGCGAGCUUUCGCCAAGCUGCUGGCCAUCUCAGUCUUCUUCUUCUCCUUCGGUUUGCUUCCAUGGAUCGACAACUUUGCCCACAUCUGCGGAUUUGUCUCAGGAUUCUUCCUGUCCUUCGCCUUCCUGCCGUACAUCAGCUUUGGGCAAACUGACAUGUACCGGAAGCGGGUCCAGAUCUGCGUCUUCCUGCUGGUCUUCAUCGGUCUGCUCUCCACCCUGGCCGUCCUCUUCUACGUCUACCCUGUGAAGUGUGACUGGUGCGAGUUCCUGACCUGCAUCCCGAUCACGGACAAGUUCUGCGAGAAGUACGACCUGAACGCUCACCUCCUCUGAACAUCAGCCCGAGAGGUAAAUGUCAGCUGGACUGUUUCUGGACGUGCGCUGACGUUGGACGGGUCUCAACGUCUCUUAACUGCUGGAUGUUGAUGAGGUUGAAAGCUGGAUGUUGAGCUGCAGGUGCAAAUUGCGACACUUCUCCUGGAAUAACGAGCAGGCCUUUCUGGAUGUCACAUGGAUGUAUUUGUUUCACUGCUUGGAAAGGUGCAGCAGACCCAUCAUGAACAAAGGCUAUGCACGAAAGCCUUCACACGCAUGGGAACAAAACUAUCAGUGUGAAGUUGACUGAAAAGGACUAACGAUUGAUUCCAUGUGUCGUUGAUCUCUAGCUGGGCUAAUCAAUGACCAGUCACACUGGAAGAGAGCUACAAAGACAAGUAUUUCCUGCCAAAUUAUUUACCUCUCUGGACUAAACAACACCGCUUAGUGGCCAAAAGGAACAGUACAACUUGACACAGCUGCAAAGGAUGAGCAGAGGAUUUUUGUUUUGUACUUUUUUACUGAUGCCCAAACAGUGUUGUCCAUUUACUGGAUGUGCUUCGAUUUGAAACUUAGCCAAGAAAUGAGACUAUAAAAGGUGCCUUAUAGACACAAAACCACACACAUGAUGUCUUUUUGUGCCACGUAUCAGAUUGUGUCAGCAGUCACACAAUCUGACCAAACUAUGACUAUAUGUUUUUACUUCAGUAUUUGGUGGCUGAAUUGGCACUUGUUUUUUACCACACUGGAAACUUUAGUUUCCACCACAGCCUUUAACACAUUUCAAUCACGAAUGGAUUGUUGUUGUUUUUUUAUACUCACCGUGUGUUACAUCCCUAAAUAACUCACUUGUGUGUUGUUAAUCUGCUCCAUUGUGAAUAGAUGAUACUGAGGUGAAUUUGUGUUUUUAAAGGUGGUGGCGUUUUAGCUACCUGACAAUAAACACAACAAGAUAAAG